AUGUCGCAUGAUAAGCAUACCGUCGGUAGUAUUAUUCAAAAGCUGAAAGUUUACGAUGUAGAACAUACCGUAGAAUUUUUGUUAGAUCAGGAAGAGUUUACAAGCUUUCUCUGCGAUAUUCUCACAUCUCUACCUACAAAAUACAAAAGGGCUGCGCAGGAAAUGUUACGUAAGACCAACAACACCAGAAAGAGGGCUAAAUGUCCAGCGCUGGCACUCGUCAUUACUCGCAACUUUUCUCUACCGCCUAGUGUACAAAAUCACUAUCAAAUAUGGAAGGAGAAUCCCUACCGUUUUUGGCAGCCCUUUGAGAUUUCGAAUGCCAAUCGGUCAGCUGAAGAUAUCGCUAUUGAGUCAUACCUUGUAGUUCGCAAUUCGCGCCUGCGACAGGCGCAAGACAUCAUCUUUCGAAGGUUCCACGUUAGCUUCUUGUACCAGCUAGCGUCGUUGUUUAGUCAUGGGCAGAAAGUAAUGUCAUAUAAAUUGCAUAGCAUUCUACAUCAACGGCUGAUCACAGCAUUCACAAGAUGCGACAAAAUCACUGAUGAGGUGGACGUCAUCAAAGCGAACCUACAAAUUUGGGUUACUGCUGGAUCGAGAUACGAUAAAAUAUGUAAGGCUCUUGAUAAAGGCGCCCUAUUCUUGAUCCCACAGAUACCAGACGAUAUGUGGGAGAAUCCAAACUCUCUAAAAGGUCUCGAGGCAGACUUUGUAGCCAACCAAAUUCUAAAUGCCGCGCUUGGCCCUUUUAAAUGGGAUGUCGUUGAUUCAAGAACUGUCACUGUCAACCUAUCAACCGAGCCAAGGACUGCUCCUGUUGACCCAUACGCCGGGCCAAGAAUUAUUAAAGCAGAUCCAGACAUCGCAACACAAGCUAUCAUUGCCGGUCCAUCUGUCGCAGCACAUCCUCUUGACACCAAACCCAUUUCAAUCUCUUCGCUAUUAAAUCCACCAGCAGCGGCACCGGAGUCUGAUAGUACAUCGAGAGACAUAGAUUAUUAUUUGGAGCCGCGCAGGUCUAGGGAGAAACGACAACGUAUCAACUGA